AUGGAAGAAGUAAUAAAAAGUAGUACCUGGUUUCAUGAGAGUGAAGAUGAGCUUGUAAGAGAGCUUCUAGAAGAUGAAUCUCCUUUCUUUUUCUUGCCAGAGGAAGAAAACCAAUCCAAACCAAGUUCUACGAAUGAACAAACUAUUAACCAGCUCAUUUCCAGAGUCUAUUCAGGCCCUACAAUCCAAGAUCUUGAGAAUGCAUUAUCGAUGACAAGCCGAAAAGACCAAUCCCAAGCAGUUUCUGAAGCCAGAAUUUCGUUGUUGCAAAGGGGUUUGAGCAAGAUAGAUCAGAACAACAAGUACACUCUAAAACUGAAGAGCUGUGGCAAUGGGAUGUCUGAUGAUGGUUAUAAAUGGAGGAAAUAUGGCCAAAAAUCUAUCAAGAAUAGCCCGCAUCCUAGGUGCACGAACCCGCGGUGCAGUGCAAAAAAGCAGGUGGAGAGGUCCAGUGAGGAUCCAGACACACUCAUCAUCACUUACGAAGGUCUCCAUUUACACUUUGCUUACCCAUAUUUCUUAUUGAAUCAGCCACAACGUGUUGAUCCACCUUCCAAGAAGCCUAAAAGGACCAUUUCAGAAGACGAGUUCCAAGCCCACGAAAUCCAACAAACACAUGUCACAAGUCCUGGUUCCCAGCCUAGCACUAGCACAACUGACGAUGGGAUGCAAGAAUCUGGUUUGGAAGCAAUGGGUCCUCAAGGAUUGCUUGAAGAUGUGGUGGUGCCUUAUAUGAUUCGAAAUCCAUCAAACUACAUUGUGUCUUCAAAUUCUUCAUCAUCAGCUUACCGUUCUCCCCCUACUUCUCCACUUUCGCUCCUGUCUUCGUCUCCGAAUCUUUCCCAUUCAUGUUUCGAUGUUGGCUUAAUUAAAUACUAG